GCUUGGACAGGACACUGUUUGUUUUCAGAAGACGAGAAAAUUCUUUUCUUUCAAAGGAAAUUUCUAAUGGAUCUUUUCUUCCUAAAGGAUACGGCAUUGGUCACCUGAGCGUCAUGGCACCAUGGUACACAGACUGUUAGGGCUGGCUGAUUUCUCCAUAACUGUAUUCCUGCUUCCUCUCCUUCUACAUGGUCUGGAGAUUGUGGAUCCAGGGCAAGUCAUCUACGGAGAAACCAGGACCAAUGGAGUGGUGGACAAAGGAGUAAUCCUAGAAUGUGGCCCUACUCUCCCCGAUGUCUACAUCUGGAGCUUUACCAAACCAGGCACCGAUACGAUUCGAGCCGUGGUGUAUAACUUUGGAAAGGGUCCAAAGCUGCAGCAAUUGGCCAAAGAUUUGGGUGACCUGAACGUCAUCAGUAACAGCGCCUCUCUAUCCAUAGCAAAACUUCCUCUAGCAGCAGAGGGUUUAUACACCUGCCAGGCUCUGUACGACACCGCUGAAGGAGCCAAGCUUUACUACUAUUAUGUGUAUCUGCGUGUUUUAGUGCCUGUGUCCAAACCCUUCAUCCUGCUGAGUGACUCCUCACCAAUAGAGGGUGCAUCAGUGUGGAUGCGCUGUGGUCUGGAGAAUGGCACAGGCCCAGUUCAUUAUGUCUGGGAACUGGAGAACCAUAGUGGGCAGGUCAACAUACUGGCUGAGAGCGACAGCGAUCUGAUAAACAUCACCUCCAUAAGCCGCAACCACACAGGCUGGUUCAGGUGCAUGGCCAAGAACGAGGUCAAUCAGCAGAGUGGUGACCGUAUCUGGUUAGACGUCAUAUUUGGACCAGAUCUGCCUCAGAUUGAUGUAACACCCUACUCAGUAACAGAUCGAGGAUACUCAGCUCUGGAGAAAGAGACUGUUUCCCUGCUAUGUCAAGCCUCAUCUAACCCUCCCAGUCAGUAUGUCUGGUUCUACAACAAUUCCCAGGUCUACACUGGACCACAGCUCACCAUCACUAAGAUCCUACGAAUGCACACAGGCUAUUAUGCCUGUCUGGCCCAGAACACUUACCUGAAUACACGCUCCAAGAAAACCAUCACUCUCACCGUCUACUAUCCACCAGAUGGUGUGCCAUCUUGUUCUAUCUUCCCAACUAAUAACUACAAUGACUUAGCUCUCAUCUGUUCCUGGGAGGGGGGUUACCCUCCAGCUACCCUCAACUGGAGUCCAUAUGUGAAUGGUGAUAAUUCACAGGGUGUCUCUAACAUCACUCGGAUUCAGCCAGGGCCUGAGACGACUAACAACUCUGCAUUUACCUGCUAUGGCUCACAUGUGGCACGUAAUUUCCCACAGAGCUGUAGCACCAGGACAUGGUUGCCAAAUCACGAACCACAGUGUUUUGCAUAUGCGACUCGUAAUAACGAGUACCUGAUGCUGUCCUGCUCCUGGGAGGGUGGUUUCCCUCGGGCUUUGCUAUGGUGGGCUUCAAGUUCAGGAGAUAUUCAGGGAACAUCUGAAGAGAACUCUAACAUCCUGGUCCUGCGCUCCAGCGCCACCUACAGUGGAAAAGCAUUUGUUUGCCAUGCCAAACAUCCACUAGUUAAAGAGAGCAAGCAGUGUGUGUUAAAAUUGGAGGCACCAGUAUUAAUGACUCAACGCAGUGUUGUUUCAGUGUAUGAGGGAAAUGAUGUCCAACUCACCUGCAUACUAAGCAGAAACUAUCCUGCAGUCACAGAGAUUACUUGGUACAAUAAUAUGAAACAAAAGGUGGGUGACAGUGGCACACCCAAAAAGUAUGUUCUUCAGCAAGCUGCUGCCUGGUCCAACCUGACUGUCCGGGAAACAGAUGGCAUGGUGGAUGGUGGACAGUACUGGUGUUCUGCUACCAAUGCUGUCGGAGGAGCAGAGAUUCCCAUCUUACUGGUGGUGCUUAGGUACCCAAUGCCUCCAAAUAUCACCAUCAGUAAGAUUAUGUACAGCAGUCGUCAACGGACAGAUGUUAAUAUGGAGUGGCUGAUCCUGUCAGAUGAUGACUAUACUGGGUUCUUCAUAGAACGCCAAAAUCUUCCGUUUCCACUCUGGCAAAAAGUGGUAGGAGAUCUGGACUCCAGCGCCCGGAGCUUUCAGAUCACCAACCUGGAUCCGUCUGGCACGUAUGCAUUCCGAAUCACGGCUGUCAAUCACCGCACUAUUGGACAUCCCUCAGAUGUCAAGAGUCCAGCUCUUCCAGGCUUUAAUGCUUACCCCGCUGUUAUUGGAGCAGCUAUCGGAGGCAUGCUUGUGGCGACCAUAGCUACAGUGCUGCUGUUCAUGUAUGUAGUGAGGAAUCGUAACAACAACCCACGUCUUCAUGAUUUGAUAUUUGGCAGGCAAAACAGUCAGUCUAGAGAAAAUAUCAACUCCCCUGAGGAUGAAGUGUCAGUAGCAGAUGGAGGUGGAGGAGAGACAAGUCAAGGACCAUCUGUGGUGCUGCCACGACCCACCGCAACACCCACAAACCUCCCUCCAGGGGACGAACCCGUCAAUGUCACCAUCACCGUCAUGGCCUCAAGCUAGAGACACCAUGCAAACCUAAAGUUUUUAUUUCAGCUGACAGUGAUAUAGAAAUCAACAGGAAGUUAAUUGAGGAAAAGAUUUCUACCUGGAGGAUUUAUAAUAGUGGCACAGAGAA